AUGACACUGACACCCUAUUACAACCUUACGAGGUCGCCCGAGAUCCGCCGGGGAGGCAUCUGCCAGCCAGGUACCAUGGGCCCCGCACGCUCCUCCGCCGCUGGUGGGACCAGGUUUGCAUGCAGAGACAGCGGCUCCUUUGACCUGAAGGUGGAGGGUCUCUCCAUCACCAUUGGGCUGAGGCUGGGCAGCGACCCCGCGGGACGGCCUGCGGUGACCCUCUCGGAGUGCGGGGCCCACAUCGCCAGAGUGCGGGUGCGCAUCUCCGGCCGGUUUGGCUGGCUGUACAAUCUCUUUCACAAGAAGAUUGAGUCCAGCUUCAAGAAGACCAUGGAAAAAAAGGUCUGCGAGGUGGCAGCCAGCUCUGCCCAGUCCAAGCUGCAGCCCUUUCUCCAGACGCUGCCAGUCACAGCAAAGAUAGACAAGGUGGCCGGGAUCGACUACUCGCUGGUUGUGCCGCCCGCUGCAUCCGCCCAGUCUCUGGACGUGAGCCUGAAGGGUGAAUUUUUCUCCCUGGCCCAUCGCACGGCUGCCCCCUUUGCGCCCCCUGUCCUGGCCUUCCCGGUGGAUCCUGCCCGCAUGGUGUACUUCGGGGCCUCCAGUUACCUCUUCAACACGGCCGGCUUCGUGUACCACACGGCGGGGGCCCUGCGCUUUGAGAUCACGGAGGCCAUGAUUCCUAAGCAGUUUCAGUUCCACUUGAACACCUCCACCUUCUCAGCCUUCAUCCCCCAGCUGGAAAAGAAGUACCCAGACAGGCCGAUGAAGCUCACGAUUCAAACCGCUUCUGCCCCGUUCCUCACCAUGGCCCCCGGGAACGUCUCGCUCACGCCUGUUCUGGACAUUCAAGCCUUCGUCGUCCUGCCCAACUCCUCCCUGGUCUCCAUCUUCCUGCUGGGCGUGGUCACGAGACUGCAGCAGGGCUUCCCUCUCCCCCUGCCCGCUCGCAUCCAGCUCUCCAGCCUCGUCAUAGAGCCCCGCCAGAACUUCCUGCUGUUUGGAGCUGACGUCCGGUACGUGUAGCGGCGUCCGGGCCUGGAUGCCGCAAGGAACGACGCUACACAGACAGCGCUCCUCUGCCCCCUGCGCACGCCUGGCCUUCGGCACGGACCCUGGGUGCCCGCCUCGUGCCCAGGGAGGGCUCCCGCUUCGCACCUUCCCCUGCACUUCUCUGCUGCCAACGCUGUGUGGCCAGGAGCAAAACCCACCGGCGCUGUCUCCAAGGCACCUGCCCUGCCAGCCUGGGGCUGGGUCUCUGGGCCGGGCUAGGCAGAGGAGACGCGCAUGCAACUGAACAAAAAGCGAACCCGCGCUUCCCUCCCGCCGUCAGGGCCGUGCAGCUCGGCACAGGAGCCGACCAGCUCCCAG